UCACUGAGAAGGGCCCCGUCUUCCUCAGGCUGGAGUUUGAGAGACAACAGCGAGAAGAGCUGGAGAAACUGGAGCUGAAAAGGAGGCUGAUCAACGAGAUGGAGGCGAAGCACCAGAGCGAGAAGGCGGAGCUGGAGCGCCUGCAGCAGGAGGUGGAGAGUCAGCGCAAGGAGUCGGAGGAGGUGCAGCAGCGGAUCCUCCAUCAGGAGGAGAGCCUGCGCCGCCGCAGCCAGGACAUCGAGAGCCGCCUGCGAGACUUCCUGGCCGAGAAGGAGAGCUUCGAAAUGGAGCGGCGCUCGGAGGUCCACGAAGAAGAAGUCCAGCGGCAGAGACUGGAGGGGGAAG